GGGAACAUCAUAACUGAACGUGAAGUUUUCAUGUAGUUACUUGCCUAAUCCACUGCAUCUUUUUGUCGUGUUUUAAAGAAGUGUACAUGUCGUUGUGAUCUACCGGUAGACUAAGGGUAACGUGUAGGCCUACAUGUAUACAUGUACGUACUGUACAACAGCACUCAGGGGAUAAAGAGGAAACAGACAAGUUGUCCAGGCUUUUAAAUCAAAGAAGAGAGCGUUGUAUUGAUCUUGUUAUUCUGUUUAUAUUUCUUUGUUCUCUUUUGGGAAUUUGUUGUUAUUUAAUGGUUCAAGACUAUUUACGGUACCGUGCAUGCAUCGGUUCACACUGUAUAUAUUGCGUGACCUGGUGGUAAGGAUGUGGUUUUGAUGUUAAGCGAGGGGGUGUGAUAUUUUAUGAGGGUGAAUUUAGCUCAGCCCACCAAUUAAUUUCUUUGCCAGGAUUUGCCAGUGAGGUAUCUUGAAUUGACAAUUGACAUUGCACUUUUUGCUAGUGUAUAUUGUUCAGAGGGUCCAAGUAAGGAUUUUUUACCAGGCACACUUUUCUGAAUAACUCGAUACUUCACUUCAAUCGGUGAAAACUAUUUGGCAUCCCUUUUAGCCAUUCUGCUGUUGGUGAUACAUUCUUGUACAUGUACCAAUAUCUACAGGGUAUGUCAUCCCUGGAAGACACUGUUCAUUUACCAGCCCUACUCAGGUUUUCUGUUCAGUUGCAAAUCCCAAAUUUGCGCAUCGAAAACAUUCUGAAAAAGGGUUGUUCCUUGGCUGAUAUUGCCAUGUACUGGUACCGAUACUAAAGCAACAGUGAUGCUUUACAGGAAGUGAAAUGAGAUCACAGAAUUGAGAUACACAGGUGCACUUUUAAGGAUUGCACUACAUGUACAUAAACCCUUCCAUUGAAAUGGUGGUUGUGAACAAAUGUCUCCCCCAAGGGUAAAUCAGUGUUGCCCUUUCACUUCAUACAUCGUAUACUGCCGGUAUAUUCCGGUACUGUUUGUGUUCAUAUUUACCAUGGGCCACAUUAGUAGUCAGCUAGGCAUUGUAGAGCUGGCAUUUCCUUCCAUGAUUUCACCAACUGUCAGGUGUUUGGCCAUUCUCAUACUUUAUUCCCAUUCACCGUCAUCAACUACUGUACACGUACUGGUAUUCCAGAAAAUUCUAGCAUUUGGCCAAGGUUUCCAGGAAGUGGUUAACGCUGUUUUUUGUUCGUAGACCUUUGUAUUUUUCUGCAGACAUGCAGUGACAUUCUCGACACAUUGGGUACAUGUACAUGUAUGUAUUAAGUGUAACAUAAGAUAUAUUCAUCACACUAGAGGUAAAAUUUAAGAACGCAAUGUUUCUACGGCGUAUAUUUAAAGCCUUUGAAGAGCACAAAUUUUUGUGCAGUAAAGAUAUACCGUGUGUGUGACAGGCAUUGAAAAUGCCAGUAGGUGGCACAAAUACACAAGUGCAGACCUCAAAGGUGACUGCACUUUUGACAACGGUAACCAACAGGCUGUUUGGAGAUUUAUAGUACGUGUACAUGUACCAAUGCAUUGCUGAGUAAUGCCCUGGUUGUAGAUCAUUUGUGUACUGGUACACUCCAGUCCUGACACUUGGGUUUAGAUGUUACACGUCAUGUGGACUGGGUGUGGACAGGAAUCUCUCAGCAUUAAAAGGGCUCUGAAUGGAUUUGUAAUCUUCAUCUCAAGGAAAGGGAAAAUUUUCUACAUCUCGGACAAUGUGGGCAAACAUUUGGGUAUCCAUCAGUACGAGAUGAUUGGGAACAGCAUGAUGGAGUUCAUUCACGCCGAUGACCAGAAGGAAUUGGCCAAGCAGUUUGUAGUCCAGGUACCAGGCCAGCAGACGUUCAAAGGCUAUGGCAUGGAGAAUGUGGGUGAUGCACCCACCUCAAUGAGCUUCAACUGUUUUGACACUGACAAAGAUGAGGAAAUGCCCUCCAUCUCCGAUUUCAUCCAGGAGCGGCAGUUCUUCCUGAGGAUGCGCUCCGUCAUGUCGCGGCGAGGGUCUGGCGGAAAGGGCAAAGUUAUCGGAUACAGGGUUGUCAAUUUCUGUGGGCGUUUGAAGCUUACGUCUUCCACCUCCAGCACCAAGGGCUACGUGGUGGAAGGCCUGAUCUGCCUGUGUCGCCCCAUCCAGCCCCAGCCCAUCCUGGAGGUCCGCAUGGACGGCAACAUGUUCAUGAGCAGGCACAGCUUGGACAUGUGCUUCACCUUUUGUGAUCCCAGGAUCAUCACGCUUAUUGGCUAUGAACCCCAUGAGUUGGUAGGCAAAACCGUGUACCAGUUUCACAACCCCCUUGAUGCCCGAAAAGUCAGCGAUUGCCACUCCAACUUAAUCAUGAAGGGCACCAGUGCUACCAAGUAUUACCGCUUCAUGGGCAAGAACGGAUCCUGGGUGUGGCUCCAGACAAGAGCCACCAUCAUUUACAACACCAACAACGUGGCCCAGUACAUCGUCUGCAUGAACUAUGUCAUAGGGAAAGAUGUUGGUGAACGAUCUCUGCUCAUGGAAGAGAUGGCAAAAAGCAGAGGAGGCAAUGAGUUGUGUAGCAGCAUAGUGGACAGCGACUGCGGUGAUAGUAUCCCCAGUCCCAGCAGCGACAUGGCCAGUGGUUACACACCAGCGAGCGUUGCCUCGUCUGUCACCUCUGGCAUUGGCUCGGGCUCUGACAUGGAUGAGCCCUCCCUCAAGCCAGUCAAGCAGGAGGUGGACUUUGAUGAGCUCAUCCCCAAGGCAGUCCGUGACAAGGAGGAGAUCAAGAAGCCAGCCCCCGAGCAGGACAUCAGCUUCGCUGCCCUCCUGAAGAUGGACAACUUGAAGAGGAUGUAUGGAGCCACUGAUAAGAUGGACACAGCAGAGAAGGUGGACAGUGUGAAGAAACAAGAGAGUAUGUCAAAGGGCAUGACCUUUGCUGCACCUGGAACCGUGAACAGUGAUGGGAUUUCUGUGAACAAUAUAGAGGGACCCUUUAGCAAUCCUCUUCAGCAUAAAUCAACAGAAAUCCAGGAGUCCUUCCAGAGAGCAACUCAGAAUCCUGCUGUGGAUGUGUUGCUUCCCAUGCAGACUUUCUCACCAGUGAGUGAGGCGAGCUCGGACUCGAGUAGUACUGCAGAAGUGAGUUCACCACCAAUGGCAGUAGCGUUGCCGUCUGACGGCCAAGAUGCCCGGAUGGCAAGCGUCGGAGAGGAGGAUGAGAGCCUGUUCAAGGACCUGCUGGAGUUGACUAAGGAUGACAACAUGGACAACCCAUCAUCGCAGCUGAAUUCAGAACUUCCCCGCAUGUCCUUCAGUGUGAACAGCCCCAGCAACCUGAGCCAGCUGCUGAACAGUCAGAGCGCUGCCAGCAUCUCGUUGGGGAUGUCCAGUCCCGAGUCCCAAGACCUCGUGGAUGACUGCCUAGAGGGCGAUGAUGAAGUCUUCAAUGGCAGGCCUGAGUCAACUGAACCUUCUUCCAGCAUCUUAGCGGGACUCCUGACCAAACCACGGGCCCAAGAGCCGACCGGCAAUGGUGCAUCCGGCCCAUCUCUUGACCCUCCCCCGAGUCAGGGUAACCUGCAUUACAUGAACAUGUCCGUCACCAAGGUAGACCCCAUGAUGUCUGGAGCCAGCAGCCAGUUGCCAGAUGACAUAGCCAACUUCUCACUUGAGUUCUGUCAGCCAGUUAUGGACCAGGCAGCGUGUGAUGCUAUCACAGCCCUUGGCGGGGACUUUUUUGUACCUGACCCCAUGGACAAGGGUAGGAAUGGAGCCACCAUAACGGAGGUCACUGAUAUUGAAGACAAUGGACUGCUCCUCAACACCAGUGAAUCAGAAAUCAGUGCUGCUUCAAAUCCGCUUGCGAAUCUUGUGAAUAGUCCUCCAAAGAUGCCAAAUGGCAUAGUACAAACUCAAGUGCCCUUGGCACAGCCUCACAAUAUUUCACUUGACUUACACAGGAACGUUACCGAGCGAAUAUCGCAGUUGGAUAUCAAAGACAGUGGCAGGGCUCUGGCUCCACAGAUCAAUGAAUCUGCUAAUGCCCCAAUCUUACAUGCCCUGCUGCUUGAGAGCAGGGCAAACAGUCAAACUGCUGAGAAGUCUAGAGGGCAGCGUCCUGCACCACUUAGCAGCAACGGACUCGAUAGUGUAAGUGAUGUCUUGGGUCCAAUAACGCCUUGUACCAAAGCCGCAGUGGAUGCUGUGGACUCACUCAUACAGGACUUUGAUGAAAUGCCAGGUACUAAUACUGCAGACCCCGUAUUUGCCAGAUUGAAUGGUAACAACAACAUGGUGAACCAGGAGAAUUACGUCCUUCUGCAGCAGAUGGACCAGCAGCGGAAACACAUGGCUGAGGAACAUCGCAGACAGCAGCAAAUCCUGAUGGAGAACCAAGCCAAGCAACAGAAACAGCUUGAAGAGCAGCAGCGACAGCUGCUGCAGAGCCAGAACCUGCAGGGCCAGUCCAUUGAGCAGGCACUGCUGCGCAAGCAAAUGCAGCAGAAACUGCAGCAGCAGUAUCAGCUUCAACAGCAGCUGCAGCAGCAGCAGCUGCAGCAGCAGCAUCAGCUUCAGCAGCAGCAGCAAACAUUACUGGCUCAGCAAGCUGGCAUGACAAGCGGCUUGCCGAGGUCAGCCCAGGGGCCGGAGCUGCAGGGAAACAGCUCCGUGCACGGCCAGGGUUUCGACAUGACAGAGUUUGCAGCUCCGCAAUCCCGAACAGUCUCAGCAGCGCUUCCAGUUUCCAGCCACCACAGGCAGCAGCAACAAAUGCAGCAGUACUCUGCCUCCCCUCCUCAAAGCGUCAUGGAUUCCCCUCUUGCACAGCAGCAACUGCAGCGGCAACGUGGGAGUCCACCUGUCAUGGGGCGAUCUCCCCCAGUUGGCAGCCCACACACCCUGCCGCAGCAGUACCCAGGGCAACCGCAGGCCAUCCAACAGCAGCAGCAACCCACUAAUCAAGGGGGUUACUCCGGCCAGAUGCAGCAGCCUUCCUACUGCAGACAGCAGCAACAAAGCAUCGGCGUCAUGCCAGAGCAGGCUAACAACAACUCUCUGAUGUGGAACAACAUUGAUCCCAUGUUGUCUCACCCGAGCAUGGCUAUGAUGAACAGACAGGGCCGGACCAUGGAGCAGUCUGAUCUAGAUUUCGGAUCGGCCAACCCCCACUUGCUGCAACAUCAGUAGUUUUAUCUCUGUCCAUGUAUAGUUGUUAUACAACUGUCUUGAAUACUAUAUUGUCAUCCAGUCAGAAUGACCAUUUUACCAGGUAAUAAAAAUGCAUAUUAAACACCACCAUAUCAUAUCAAACAUCAGUGAUACCACAUCAAGAUAACAUAGACGAGUCCCUGCCCUACAGUUCAAGCCACAAUGCCGGAACAGCUGACCAGACUAUUCCUAGGUACUUCUGCAAAUUUCACCUACGUACAGUUGUUUCCGAAAAAAUUAGUCAUUACGAUUAAAUUCAAGUCCUUCAGGUAAGGAAAAUAUUGCAAAGAAUUCAAGACAGAGGUGUAACAAAAAAUGUUUGACUGCUGUGAUGUGGGAUGUAAUGUUUUUACAGAUGAGGGACUCAUAGUAGCUGAGGCCAAGGGUGAUAUACAUCUUGAGGGUAUUAAAACAUCAUAUCCUACAUCAAAGUAGUGUAUAAUUGUCAAAUACAUGUAACCCUUUAUUACCCGUACUUACAGAAAAAAAUCUUUCUUGGGCUUACAUAUUUUCUUUUGUAGACACGCUUGCAUUCGAAAAGGCAUUUUGAAAACAAACACUCAAGAGUGCAUUUCAAAUUUUGUGUUAUUUUUCCAGAAGUCAGUCUAUUUGAGCCUCUAAAACAAAUGCGGAUCUCAGGCAAAUAUACCAUCGUGUCUGGUUUUGUUUCAGUUUGGAGAUAUUUGGGUGGAACUCUGAUAAAGGGAGUUUUUCAAUGGCUGUUUUGUGCUGCUGGCUACAGACAAGAAAGAAUUGUUGCAUACAGAAAAAAACUGUAUUACCAGACACCCUUAGCUUUGUAUCAAUAACAUCAUGUGAUCAGAUGGACCACACACAUUGACUUGAGAGAACUAUAUAAAUUGAGUUUGCUAAGGCACUGGUUGAAAGUGAGACAUACAUAGAUAAAAACUUGUGAAAUUAUGAAGCAUGUGUGGAGAAUUUUUCAACCUUCAGUUUUUGACGGUCUGUGACAGUAUGAACAAUCAAGAACAGUCAAAAUUUUAAUCCUCCCCUUCUGCUAAUCUUCAAGGACAUAUCACGUCUCAAUUGACUGAUUUUCUUACGAAAGAAAAACGUUGUCCAGAAUGUAUGUUUCUACAAAAACAUUAUCUUUUCCUCUAGAUAAAAUGGCAUCUGAAUCGAGGUGGCUAAUGACACUUCUUUUCAUUUUCGGUCGUAAAUUUAAUGUUUGCGCUGCUCUUCCCAAAGUUUGAAAAGUCAGAUCUGUAGAAAUGUAUAAGUUGUAAAUACACGAUUUGAUGAUGUGCCUUUUUGCCUUCUCAAAAAGAGAGGGUUGGAUAUAUUUGCAACAAAAAGUGCGGGGUCUUCAGAAGGGGAGUAAAUUUCCAGUUUUCUACUUUCAAAUCGGAAUUCGAUUUAUUGUCUGAAUUGGGAAACAAGUACUUUAUCGUGAUUCUAGGCAUUUGUGUAAGUUAUUUUCCUGUGUAUGUUAUGUGCAGUUUAUUCAAACAACCCAAAGAUUGUAUUAAAAAAAGUAAAGCACAUGCGCAUCAUGGCUUUAAUUGGACAUGUUUGGAAGUUGAAAGUUGACAGAAUUGAGUUUGCUGAUCAUGUUGAGCAUUUUAUGGUAACAAAAUCUUUCAACACCAAACGGAAUCAGGAGGAAUCAAUUCCUGGUAAUUUCACUCGUUAGUAUUAACCCUUGUGCCCCAGUUCACAACAACAAUCUUAAAAAAAAACCUUGGCAAGAGACCAGAAGUGUUGGAGAGGAGUGCUCAACUUUGCUUUUGUCACUGGCCUUUAGGGAAACCAAAAAACAAUUACCUAAACAUGUGAAAAGUGACAUCUUUGAAUUUGUACAAAAAUGGCAAAAAAUAAGAAAAAAAAGUGUUUUCACUGCCCACCAUGUUGUGAUACUCAUAUACCUCAAUUACAAUAAAGGACCAAGUAGAAGGUAAUUAUUUAAGGUCAUUGUCAGUGCUUCAGUAUAUUUUAAAAUAAAUUUGGGGCCUACCUUUUUUGGGUCUUAUUGAGCUCCACCUGACACAGAGAAAGCUCCCUCAAUUUUGGACGCUAUAGUCAAUUUAUUUUGACUCAUUUUUUUUAAUCAGUUAAGUAGUAUCAUUGACCAAUCACACAGACAAAUCAAGUGAAUAGUAACGGUGACAAAAAGCUAUUUGAGACUUUGCGGUUUUUUACUAUGGAAUUUACAUUGCACUUGGUAUAGAUACAUUUUUUUUCUCUCAAGAAAACCAGAGGUUGAUAAUGAAUGCUUGUGCACACCUAUGAAGGUGUUUUGUUCAGUCACAUUCUUGUUUGCUGUUUGAUAAUCAUUGCUGCUGACCCAACAUUUGAGUGGUGAUUGUAAUAACUAGCUGAAAGCCAGCAACGUAACCUAUAAAUAAAAUUGGUUUGCUGGUGAACGUUUUUAUGCAAGUUUCCUUUAAAGUUGCUUAUAUUAUCCAAUGCUGCGAAACUAUUUUUCUUGCAAUGAUGAAACUCCAAACAGCUGAUUAAGAUGCGUUGCCACUGUACAGUAUUCAAUUUCUGUGCGCACUUAGUUUAGACACUUGAAUGUAUAAAGGUUUAUUUUUAGAUUCGUGCCAGGGGAUUUGUGUACAGCUGCGGAGGCUUGUGCAAGUUGAAAAAAAAAGGUUGUUCCAAACAGGGUUGUUCUGAAGACUUCUCCUCUGAAGAGGCUUGUUUUCCAAUAAUCCUGUAUCAGAUAUUAUUUUUUUUUGUGAGGAUUUUUUUUUUUUGUGGUGGUGGUGGUGGUGGUUUUAGGGAAACCAGUGGUGCUCAGUGUUCCUCUUUCUGACAUCCCAAAAUGUCUUUGGACCCAGAUGAAUGCGCUCCUUGAAAGAUUUUUUGGGAUAGGCUCUCAGACUGAAUUCACUGGAUGAGAUGCUGUCCCCAACACCUUGGUUUUAGUGAUCAAUCACUUCAGUGAUUAGCCAAGUCUAAAUUAAAUGGCUGUGGCCGUAAAUAUCACACUGUCUAUGGAAGCCACCAGGUUGUGGUUGUGACCGUGCCUGCAGACAUUUCCCAUAGAUUUGAUUCCCUGUCCUGGCCAUAAAAUUUGGUCUCCUUUGUUUCAUUCUGAUAAGAAUCCACAAGUCACCAUGUGGAAAAUUGGACAAAUGUGAUAUCUCUCUGACUUUUCCAGUGAUAAAUUCAAGAUUUCAAGUUGUACUUUUGCGUUGGGAAGAUGUUAAUUUUACUUACAGGUUUUGCCUUACUGUACACCGGCUUAUAUUCAUAAACACUGUAUACUCAGUGCCUGUCCAAGAGCUAAUGAAAAAAUUUCAUAAUUGUACUUGUGUGGGACUCAAACCCACGACCUCCUGCUUACUCGUGCAGAUGUCCAACCACUCUACCAUCGAGCUUGGUGGGGUUGGCUGGCCGGUCACUGUGAAUUGUUUCAAGAUGUACUUUGCGUCAGGGAGAUGCAAAUUUGAAUUAAAGGAUUUGCCGUUACGCUAACAUAUAUUCAUAAACACUGUAUACUCAGUUCUCGUCUGAGAGCUAAUAAAAAAUUCAUAAGCCUACUCGGGUGGGACUCGAACCCUUGACCUCCUGCUUGACUGAGCUUGGCGGGGUCGGCUGGAUUUCCGAGCCCCACCCAAAAUAAGCUUAUGAAUUUUUUCAUUAGCUCGCAGACAAGCACUGAGUAUGCAGUGUUUAUGAAUAUGUGUCGGUAUGAGGGCAAAACCUUGAAUUCAGAUUCAUGUUUGUUGGUGGGGUUGCAGUGAGGUCUUGGGGGUUGGGCUGUUUUGUAUUGAAGACUCGACAAGACUGCGUAAAGAGCCCACAGAGUCAACCCACAAAAUAAUGCAGUUACAAAUCAUUCAGGCCCGAGCCAGGCCAUAUGCUGUGCAACAAGUGAAAUAUGACAGAGGCAUUUUAUCCAGUCAUUGUUUCUCCCAACCUUCUUCUAGCCUGCCUUUUGAUUUGACUGGUAAUGUGACAUGCAGUAAUGUUGUGAUUAGGUUACAGCUGGGAUGGAUUGUUCAGUCAGAAACAUGUAUAAUAAUUAGUUGGUAUUCUUCCAUUUUUGUAUCUUCAGAGUCAACGCCAGGUAUCUUCCUUAUUUGUUCAGUUAUACAUUCUUCUCUUUGCUAUGGGUAGCAUUUGCUUGCACUCCCUCUCUCUCUCUCUCCUUUCCCGAUGGAAACUCGCUUUCAAUUUAAAACCGUGCAAAAAAGUUGAACUUGUCAACAUGCCCCUUUUCCACCGUUGCAGAAUUUGAAUGGUUACCAAAGCAAUCAUCUUCAGUGCAUGACGCCUUAGAAAUUUUCAGAUGUGACCAUGGAAAAUACUAACAAGUAGUUGGAAACAAGAGUUUGUAGGUAACAAACAAUCAAAUAAGAAGUCAAAACAAAUCUAAGGUAUUAGUAAAUCAGAUUUGGUUUUCCAUUAUGAUUGCUGUGAUUACUGCACAUAUAUUGACACAGUUAAAAAGUAAAAAAAAGACAUACAAAGAGUUUUGUAGUGAUGAAUAUAGUUGUGUAAAUUAUGUAUGUAAAUAAGCUUAAUGUUUCUUUUAAAUAUCACGCUAUUAAGUAAUGUUCAGUAAUGAAGCACCUGGUUUAAGCUGAAUUGACUGUUUUGUCGGCUGUAAUUUUGUUUCAAAAGGGGGUGUAACUUCCACACAGUUCUUGAAAAGGUUUCAGUGUUUGAAUUUAAUUCAUUGUGGUUUGUUAGUUUGGGGGGUUUUUGUUUUUUGUAUUUUCUUUCCAAAGAGAGGCUGAAUUUGGAACUGUGCUUAAAGCAAGUCAUAAUGGUGCAGGCAUUCGAUGCUGAUGCAAAGAAAUAGAACUUUACUUCACUAAUCUUGUCAGAGACUGUAGUAAGACAUAAAAAUGCCAAUACAUUUGUGAUUGUGUCAAAACAACACAGUGAUCAGCUUUCAAAAAAAACCAAAACCUUGGUGACCCUUGACUCGGGCAUGAGUCAUUUUUGUUUGCCUUUGCACAUAAUUUUGGUCUCUGAAGAUGCAAUUUCAAUAUACAUUGAAAAAAUGCAAAGAAUGCUAUUGGUGCAUUGCAUUUCUCCACUUCCUUUCUGCAUUGGUUAUUUUGGUGAGAAUAAAAGGAGACACUCUGGGUGGCAACUUUCUUCUAGGUGCCAUCCACAUGCACAACCGUGUAGAACAGGGUAGUGAUUUUCUCAUUAUGGCUGAAAAUUGGAAACGUGAUGGUGUAAAUGAGUAUCUCUUAAAUGGUAUAUUUAUUGUGUUAAGUUCUGUAUUUUUUUUAUUUCAGGCAGUUAGUAAGUGUGGACAUCUCCAAACCUUUACAGCAUGGUUAGCACAACAAAAACAAACUUUGUUCAAUCCUUCCUCCCCUGUUUAAGUUCUAGAACCACAACCACAGCAUCGUAUCAGUAUUUUCUUCAGAUUUUUGUAAUCAAAUUCAGGUUGUACAGUUCAGACAAUUUAGGUGGUGUCUUCUGCCGGACACCUCUGACUUCUAAAGAAAAGGUUUGUUUGUUUUUUAAUUUUUUUUAUGCUGCCUUAUCACGCUAGUGGGCUUGUAACUGUGAAAGUGUAGAUAACAUGUCACAGUAAUUCAAUUGUAUAUUAUAAAUAUUUAAAACAAAAGAUCUCUUUAAAAAUAUCUGAUUGUACAUGCAUUAUGUGUAUUUUUCCGUCCUGUAAACUCUUACACCGGUGUUGGUAUAAAAAAAAAUCAUCAUCUGUGAGAUGAAACUGUCUUCUUUUGUCUGUUGCAGUGGAGGAACAUGGUUUCCCUUUUGAGAAAAGACUUUUAGUUUGCUGUGUUUUGCGCAAAUUUCUGUUAAGGGGAUAAGAUGGGGGGGGUUCCAUUGGGAAAAAAGACCUAUUUCAGUUCAGAAGUUGCAGUUAUUUUUGCAUGGCAAGACUCCUUAAGAACUUAUAAUUGAUGUGACUAACUCCAAACCAUCUAGCUAUUAACAUAUUAUUUUCAGUGUUUCUACCCAGAAUUACAUUUAAUAGCCUCCAACACCCCCUUCUCAAUGGUGUUUUCUUUCCCAUUGGCUUUGCACCAGAGGCUUUUUCUCCUUAAACAUUCAUGAUGGCAUCAUUUAACUUCAACCCUUCAGUCGCUCACUUUUUGGUUUGUUUGCCAUAAGUCCUUCUUGAGUUGUAUUUCGACAGCUCCAGACUUUGUUAGCUGAUUUCAUUGGGGGCUCAGGGGCCCAGUUCUGUUUGAGCAUGACAGACUAUGCCACAGAACAGUUUUUUUGGAAAGUUACAGUAUUUGUUUUUCUGCAAAAAAAGUGGGCAAUUGAACCGAACUGUUCUGUUGUUAAUUGAUGCACUCAAAAGAAUUUCUUGUAAAUCUCUGCUUCCUCGCACAUUGUUAACUCUAAUUUUCUUUCCCUUUUUGAGACCUUCAAAAAAGGGAAUGUGGAUUCCCCAAACAGUUGCUUGUUAAGAUUUUAGAAUGUUUCCUUAUUUUGCGGUAUUUGGGGUCAUGUGUUUACUUAAUCAAGCAUUUUGUGAUUAAUUUUGGACAUCUCUGUUAUAUGCAACACUGUUGUGUAUCUUUGAAAAGUUCAGUGUAAAUUAACUGUAUGAGAGGUUAAUGUCUAGAGUACAGUCAAUAUAUUCAGGUGUUUUGUAAAUAAAAAUGAAAAAAAUGAUUUUCCCCCUUUUUUUAAACACAUGCACCCUCUUGUUAAAAAGGUGAACUAAUCUAGUAAAAUGGAUGAUGUAAGACAUGCUUG